GCCUCCCCCCCCCCCCCGGCCGCUGUCGCUUCCUCAGCGCGGCUCCGGUGCGGACACCCGGCGGCGGCAGGUAACUGUGCUGAGAGAUGGCGGAGCAGCGUCAGGACGUCACCACGAUGGAGGAUCACGCAGCUGGCCAGGAGAAGCACAUCCCCUCAGACUCCUUGCAAAGAGGAGACUUGUGCUUCUUGCCCUGCUCUUCCCAAAGAUGACUUUUGCAACCAAGCCUUCACAUUGCUAUCCCCUUCAGAUACCAGUCGAUGAUGGAUCGGAUGAGCCUGUUUCUGAAACAUCUGACGCUAAGAGCACCCCAACUACGGAAGAUGCCACAGCACCUUUAGUGGAGGAAGGAGACCAAGAGGAUCAGGGUGGUGUCGAACAGCACGGAGAGAUCCCAGAAGGAACCACAGCUGAAGAGGCGGGCGUAGGAGCCACCCCCAACCUGGAGGACCACGCUUCAGGAGACACCGCUCAAGCUCCAGGGGAGCCGGGCUCUCCAGAGCUACAGCCUGGCCCUAAAGAGCCCGUGGGAGAUGUGAUAAAAAGAGAAAUCCAGCCCACAAAGCAGGUGGCCGGGGCUCUCCGGGAGCCUCCCCCGUCACAAGAACCGAAGGCUGCUCCCACCAGGAUCGAGGUCACGAUCCCAAUCCCGCUGGACAUGUACCAGGACUCCAGACCGCCUGAAGACGACGAGGUGUGGGAUCAUCGAGGCAGGGAAGGCAUCGGCGUGGGUGCAGAGCUGGGAGCAGAGCUGGGUGCUGAUGUGAGCGCUGCGGGGCUGGCAGCAGCAGGAGGCACGGCGGACCCCCGUGGUAAGGACGGGCCAUCUCCUUUGGGUACCAGAGCCCCGCUAAAAGAAGAUGCCAGCAGACGGGAAGGAGAUGAGGACCGUGAUAUUGAUGAGACUUCUGAGCAGGAUUUGCCUUCCCUGCUGGGACAGCGCGUUUCUCCAGGACCUGAAGCAGGGUUCUGUGCAGCAGCAGCCAAGGAAGCCCUUGAGGAAUCUGCCUUUGGAGAAAAGAAGUCCCACGAUGGCCUUGGAGACACGCCGAGAGAGGCACUUCCUGGUGAAACCGAAGCACGAAAAGCAGAAGAGGACCAAGAGGAGAGGAGACAGCCAGAGAAGGGGGAAGAACACACAGAGACCACCCCACCAGAGCCUGCUGCAGCCACCUCCCAGGCAGAAGCUGAGCCCGGCGAGGGAGAGGAUGCCGGACCCUCGCUGGAAACACCCAGCCUCCCUGCUCGGUCUGAAGACGACACAAAAGACCAAGGUGCUGCUCUGGAAGAGGCUGUGCCGGAGGCAGGAGGACGCCAGACGCCCAGGAAGAAGCCGAGUGCCCCCGCUGCAGACAAAGCAGGCAGCCGCGUGCCCCUCCGGAAAGCUCGUAUUGACAGCAAAGACAAGGAAGGGGCUGAAGCUGAGGAAAAGAAACCGAAGAAAUCCUCACCUUCCACCGCCAACCCCCCAGGCGAUAGAGCCUCCAUCCCCCUCCAUCGACACACCUCCUCUAGCACAACCCCUCCGAAAACACCCUCCAGCCCUGCUUCCACCUCUAAACGAGUCUCUUCUGUCACCUCCCGACCUGCCAGUACAGGAACACAAGAAACGAAAGCCAAGGGCCCGGGUGGCACGAAGGCGGCCACGCCACGCUCCGCAGCCGGGCAGGCUCAGAGGAACUCGGCCAACGCCACGCGCAUCCCGGCAAAGACCCCCACGGCCCCCAAGACCCCUCCCAGCUCCGGCAGAAAGGAGCAGAAAAAACCACCUCCUGCAGCAGCAAAGUCUGAGAAAGGUGAGCAGCCCAAGUCUGGAGACAGAAGCGGUUACAGCAGUCCCGGCUCCCCCGGGACUCCAGGCAGCCGUUCCCGCACUCCUUCUCUGCCCACCCCACCAGCCAGGGAGCCCAAGAAGGUGGCAGUGGUUCGCACCCCCCCGAAAUCUCCCGCAUCUGCCAAGAGCCGCAUCCAGCCCUCAGCUGCACCCAUGCCUGACCUGAAAAACGUCAAGUCCAAAAUCGGCUCCACCGAGAACCUGAAGCACCAGCCCGGAGGUGGCAAGGUGCAGAUUAUUAAUAAGAAGCUGGACUUUAGCAGCGUUCAAUCCAAGUGUGGCUCAAAGGAUAAUAUCAAACACAUCCCAGGAGGAGGCAGUGUGCAGAUUGUUAAUAAGAAGUUGGACUAUAGCAGCGUUCAAUCCAGGUGUGGCUCAAAGGAUAAUAUCAAACACGUCCCGGGAGGAGGCAGUGUCCAAAUCGUCUACAAGCCGGUGGACCUGAGCCACGUCACGUCCAAAUGUGGGUCCCUGGGCAACAUCCAUCACAAACCAGGCGGUGGCCAGGUGGAGGUGAAAUCUGAGAAACUGGACUUCAAAGAUAAGGUGCAGUCGAAAAUCGGGUCCUUAGAUAACAUCAGCCACGUUCCUGGAGGAGGAAAUAAAAAGAUUGAGACUCAUAAGCUGACCUUCCGUGAGAACGCCAAAGCCAAGACUGACCACGGCGCCGAAAUCGUCUACAAGUCCCCCACCAUCUCCGGAGAUGCCUCCCCGCGCCGCCUUAGCAAUGUCUCCUCCACCGGCAGCAUCAAUAUGGUGGACUCCCCCCAGCUCGCCACGCUAGCUGACGAAGUGUCCGCUUCGCUGGCCAAGCAGGGCUUGUGAUCGGGGCACGGCGGGCAAAGAUGAGAGAAGACAAGGAAAAAAAAAAAAAGAAAAGAAACAAAAAUAAUAAUCUGGCCUUCUUCCUCUGUUCCUUUUACAGCUGCUUCCCCAUCCCCUAACUGGUUAAUGAUUUAACCUGCUUUUACUGUUCAUUCAGCUCUAGCUCCAGGACUUCAAAAUCAGACACUAUGAGGUACAAAACCUCCUCUCCCCCUGCUCCUCGGAGCGCACAGCCCGUGCCCGUCCCCGCUCCCUCCCCUCGUCCCCUCGUCCCUUCGCUGUCCCGGCGGGAAGGAGCCAGGGGGUGGAGGGGGCAGCCCCAGCACGACGCUGACCCCAGCACCCCAAGGGCCUCGCGGGGAGCGGGGGUGACAGCCCCGGGGCUCCCCACGCUCGUUACCCUAACGAGUCCCGGGCUGGAGGCCUGGCCUGCACUCAGCGCAGGUAGUGGGUGCUGCAGCCAGGGACUGCAGGCAGGCGCCCUCCCUUUCUGCAUUAAAUUUGCCUGCUGAUUUGGAAGAAACCUUUUGUUUUUCCCUCUGAAAGCCGAGAUGUGUAUGAAGGUAACUGCCAGGCAUCCCCUAAUCCCGCUCUCAGCUCCGGCAGCUGGAGUACCGGCGACACCAGGGUGUCCCGUUGCAGAAGGGGCCCCGGCCGGCCGGCCCCCUCUCCGAGGCUGUGCUGGAACCGCUGAGUGGAUGAGUAGAGGCUUUUCCCCGUUCCUUUGGCAGCCCCUCGUGUCGUAGAGUAGAUUUGUCUGUAUAUGCUUGGACCGUGCCAGGGUGAUUGUUUUCAUAAACGAGCAUGUGUUUGAAAACGCUGUAAGUAGUUGUGCGCUGCCCCGCGCUGGCUCCGCCGCAGCCCAGCGAGGAGGGGGGGCGUGGGGAGCCCCUGCCGAGCUCCGGGUUGUGCCCAGACCCGGCACCGCAUGCCUGCCGGGUGCGUGGGCGCACGCAGCGCCGCUUCCCCACUCCCUGGGGGGGCCUGGGGGCCGCGCAGGGUGUCCCGGUGCUGCGCCCCCGUGGCUGUGCACCUCCCGGGGCCCGGGGACGCGGCACGAGGGGCACUCACAGCUCCAGGGCUGGGAUGGCUCCUGGAUUUGGGUGCAGCUUGUAACAGUUUGGGGUUGAUUUGUUGUUUUUUUUUCUUCCCUGCAAGGUCAGCUAAGAGGUCACAGAAGUGGCAGCUCCAUGGCUCUGCUGGUCUCGUGCCGUUGGCAGCGGUAGGAGACAAAUGGGAGAACGCGAGGGGAAGGCGCGAGGGAGGUGUUAGUGGUGCGUGGCGGCAGCGCCCCCGGCCCUGUCCCGAGUCCAGCGGCUGCUCGGUGGCACUGCCCGCCCCUUUCCAAGGUGCCCUCCCGGUUUCAGCACGAUUGCACCCACCCGGUGUCCCGGUCACACAGCACUACCCGUCCCCCCCCCCCAACACCACGCAGGGGAGAGGAGCUGACUGCUUGCUUUCACCGCUUUUGUUCCUGUGGCAACCUAGGGCUCAUGAGGGGGUGGCCGGGGGCUGUGCUGCACCCACCGCCGUCCCCGCGUGCCCCUUCCUUCUACAACCAAAGAGGCUGAGAUGCGAUCGGUGCAGCUCAGCGCGCAUCCUCCCUCCCCGUCUCCCCCAGGAGGCGUGAGCCGAGGGGCUGGGGCAGAGCUGGAAGCGGGGCUGAGGGCGGGGGGAUGCCCCGCAGGACCGGCACAGGGCCCAAAGGGCCGUGCUGUAGGGAAAGCCGAGCUUUCCCAGCAAAGGGCGUGCGGUGCUGGGGCCAAAAUCCUGGUCUGACUGGGGCAGCAGGGGGGAGGCCUCGGGGUGGGGACUGGGAGCCGCCGAGGCCUUUUGAGCUGCCGCUCCUCGGGGCAGUGCCGCGUUCACUCCCUGCUCCCGUCCUUAGCAGGAGGUGAGGAAGCUGCCGUGGCCUUCACACGGGUGCACACCACUGGGCUCUGCAGGGCGCUGGGGCCAAGGGGGAGGCCUGGGGAGGGCGCCUGCUCCAGGCUGGAGCACUGCUGGUGGGGUGGAGGUGGUGGGAGGGGGGGUCCAGCCCUUGUCUCUGCAGCCCCUGGGGCGAGAGCCCACGUCCGGCGUGUCGCUAGCUCCGUUUCAGUUGACUCGAUGAUUGUAAGCCUCUGUAUUUAAGUCCGUGACCCCCUUUGUAUCGCUGUGGGAUGUAGGCGCCGCUGUGGCUUUUUUGUCCUAUGUAAAAGCGAGCGAGUGGGAGACAUCCCCACCCCCACGCCGUCACCCCUUCCACCCCCCUGGCUGCAGGACUGCAGCUCAGCUCACCCAGCCCAGCCCCGUCCCGACAGCCCCCUCCGUGCGGCUCCCGAGGGACACCAGUGCCAGGAGCCGGCCUUCACCUGCGGCUCCAGUGAGCGGCCCCUGCCCCGGGUCCACCGGGACACAGGGGGCCUGGACCAGCCCCAUUUUCCCCCCCAAGCACCUCCCGCUGCCCCCUCCCAGCAGCCCGAGCCACGGCCCCAGCCCCGACCCGCCUUCAGACCCGGGCCUGGGGGUUUCCGCGAGCAGCUGGCCAGACCGACCCACGGCUUUCCCUUUACUCCACACACAUCUUGGUCUGAAAAGGGUUGAAACCGGCACUGAUUCCAAACCCGUGUUUUCUGCACUCAAAAUUAUGCUUGUUAAGUGAACUGCCAGUGUCAGACUGCCGUGGCGGUGGCAGUCCCGCGUCCCCUUCGUGCGCUGGGGAGGGGAGGGCAGGUUUGAUCUCAGUGUAUCAUUCUAGCUUAGCUUCCUGUCUGUGAAUGUCCAUAGUGUAUUGUGCGUUUUAACAACUGGUUUACACUGUUGCCGUAAAAGUGAAUUUGGAAAUAAAGUCAUUACUACAAGAAA